UUGUUGAUCUUGAAAGUUGCAGCUUUGCUACUGGACUUGCGCAGCUGGGAAGAAGGCAUGACGCUCCGCGUUGCAGUUGGCUCAGGGGGAGCUAAAGCAGCUCUGCCAGAUCCAGAGGCGGGGGAAGGUGCCGCCAAGGGCGUGGAGGCACGUACACUAUGGACACUCAACCGGCUAAUGGUGCUGCUGGGCGUCAGGGCUGAAAAAGCCGACAAGUUUCUGAGUGGUUUCACCACCGAAGAGACCUCCGCCAGAGCAAUCGCGCGUUUCAUGGAUGAUCCAGAAUGUCCUGCAUGCUACUUUGCCCCUACCAGCGAAUCUGUGUCCUGCACAAUAGACCUUCCGUCAGCUCAGCAAAUGAGAAAGAAGGUGGUUGCAAUGCACAGAUCAAGUCCAGAAGUUCAGAUUUCCAAAGAGAACUUAGCCGAAUCGGUCAUUUUGAUGGAGAUGACCAAAAAUGUCAUGGACCUGCUGAACAUGUAUUGUCAGUCGGUGUACCUUUCUACCCUGACCAACCCUGCAAACCAGGCCGGUUGGUCAGAUCUGAUUGCCAAAGACCUCAUGGACAAGUACCAUGUCUUCCUUGCAAGCUUGCACGUGACUGUGGGCCUGAUGAAAGGCCACACAUGGCUACCUCACCCUCCUAGAGAUGCCUUGCCGACCAGCGGUGGCAUGGCAGCUGCUGGUGGCGGUGCCGGAUCCUCUGGAGGUAAGGACAAGGUUCACGUGCUGGAAGGAGCCGUGAUUACCUGGACCAAGCAGAUCAGGCACGUUCUGAAGCAAGAUCCGGAGGUCCUGCUUAAGGAUGGCAAAAAUCCAGAGCCAAGUGCUGAGUUGAAAUUCUGGCGCAGCAAGGCCGCCAAUUUGAACUCCAUCCACUCUCAGCUGGGAAUGGACGCGCUCAAGAAGGUGCUGAAGUUCUUGGAAACAAACAAGAGCACCUACACUGCGCCGUUCUCCAAGCUCCAGAAGGAGGUGGAGGAAGCUCGAGAAGAGGCCAACGACAACGUCAAAUUCCUAGCCAGCUUGACGAAGUCCAUCGACAAGUUGACCAGCGACAGCGCUGACUUUGAACAGCUUGAGCAGUUGUUUGAGCCCAUCCUGCACAAUAUUUUGCUCAUCUGGCGCUAUUCCAAAUUCUACACUACCCCUACUCGCAUGGCUGUUCUGAUUCGAGAGAUUUGUAACUCCAUCAUUGCCCAAGCUGUGCGAUACAUCAACGGCGGCGACAUUUUUACCAUGAUCUCCUCGGAGGAAACGGUGGAGUGCUACGCCAAGUUGGAGAACACCUUUCGCAUUUGCACUGCCUUCAAGGAUUGCUAUUUGCUCUUCCGUGACAUCGCGGCAAACCAGGAUGGUACAGGUUGGAAGAUGAAGAACGACGCCCUGUUCGUUCGCUUGGACUCCUUCCGGGACCGUUGUCGUGAUGCCUUGGACUUCACACGCACCGUGAUCCAAUUCUCCAAGCUGGAACGGGUGGAGAUCGGUGGCACCAAGGGCAAGGUUCUUUCGGACUGCGUGGUUGCCAUCCGGGAAGAGUUCAUGAAGUGUGUGGAGACCUUCAAGAGUGUUUCCUAUGACAUCAUGGAUGUUGGUGAGGUGCAGUUUGAGCAUGACUACUUCAAGUUCCGCAUGACAGUGAAGGAUUUGGACCGUCGUUUGGGCAGCCUUCUUGCAUCAGCAUUUGACGACUUGGACACCAUCAGCAUGCGAGUCAAGCUGUUUGACAUUUUUGAGGGGCUGCUGGAGCGUCCAAUCAUUCAAGCUGAGCUGGAGAAAAAACAUAAAAUGCUGUUGCACCAAGUGGAGCAAGAUCUCACUUCUGUGGAAACGGGCUUUGUCGAAGCAAAGGACAAAGUGGAUCAAUGCUACGACGAUGCGCCCAUUUUUUCCAAUCUACCACCUGCAGCCGGCGCCAUCUAUUGGGCUCGGUGCUCUAGGCAUCGAAUCAAUGAUCCGAUGAACAAGCUUGCCUUCUACAACCUGGCCCUGAGGGAAACACCAGAGGAGUUCCGAGAAGUCAAGAAGCAGCAUCAGACUUUAGACAAGAUGCUGCAGGAGUAUGAGCUCCAACGGUAUCAGACCUGGGAACAGACAUCAGUGGAGGCUGCCAAGGAGAAGCUGAAGAUGAGACUCCUGCGAAGGCAAGAAAAGUCGGGCCUGUUGAAGGUCAACUUUGAUCCUGCCCUCGUGAGACUUCUUCGAGAGGUGCGCUUCUUUUUGAUUUUUGACAUCGAAGUGCCACCAGCAGCCUUAGAGAUGUUCAGCAGGGUGGCGACCUACAGGCAGUGGGUGGCACAGUUAGAUCAUAUUGUCGGCAUGUACAACGCUGUGCUGACGGAGUUGCUGCCAGUUGAAGAGCCUUUGCUGGAGGAUCGCAUUGCAAAGAUGGACCAAGUAUUGUCUCCUGGCCUCACCGAACUCAAGUGGAAGAGCGAAGACAAGAUCCCGGAGUUCAUCGAGAACACCAUGCGCGUCGUGAGCGAUGUGUCAGGUGUGGUUGAGAUCAUGAAGGGUAACCUCCGCUCCAUCUCCGGCAUUCUGUCGCAGUGGUGCAAGGAGCCAAUCAUCUCGCGUGCCAAAGGCUCCAAACCCAUGGCACUGGAUGAGUUUGAUCUCAAGCACAAGGAGCGCGUGGGCAUGCGCAUGAUGACCCAGUCGGAGGGCGGCAAGGAAAUCCACAAGUUCGUGAAGGACUCCUCCGAAGCCUUGAAGGUGUCCAAGGUGGCGGCUAAUUGGAAAGCCUAUGUGGAUUUUGUCAACAACAUUGUCAUUGAAGGCUUUGUGUCUUCUAUCGCGGUCUCCCUGCAGCAUCUUUGUGAGAUUCUGGAUCCGCUGAUCAUCGCGAAGCAUGAGAUGCUUCCACUCUUCGAAGUGAAGAUCGAACUGCAGGAUUCCAAGAUCAUCUUUGAUCCACCUUUCCAGUCUGCUAAGCCUGGGGACAUUUCCCUGAGGUCAACCAUUGAUGGCUGGCUCAAGGAUUUCUUUGCCACAGUCACUUGCAUGCAGCGUUUGGACACCAACAGUGGUGACUAUUUGAGUGAGAUCAGGGAACACUUCCAGAUGCAGUGUCUCUUGGCACUUGUGUCAGAGCUUAUUGACAACACAGAGAUGAAAUGCAUGGAUUACCGGGAGACCUUCAUGCAACACUCGUACCUGUGGACCGAGUCAAUUGACAAAUCCUUUGAGAGGUUCUUGCAGGAGGGUGCUCGUGAUUUGGUGGAGGGAUUUGAGGAGGAAGGCCUGUCAUUCAGGGACAUCAUGGGCCGAAUCAAGGUAGAUAUCGGCCGUCAGAUUCCUGCACUGGAAGAGUUUGACAAAGAAAUUCUGAAGUUCAAAAGCCUGAAGGCAGAUUUGUCAAACAUGAAGACUCCAGUGGACAUCCAUUGGCUCCGUGUUGGCGCACAGCCAGUGAAGCUGGCCCUUGUCUCCUUUGCUCGGCAGUGGGAAGAGAAGUACGUUGACUUCCUCAAGAACUUCACUGAGGACCGCAUCCGCACCCUGGACAAAUUCAUCAAUCAACAGCAGGAGGGUCUUGGUCCACCUUCGCCAGUUGACGAGCCGGAGAAUGAGAAGUUGCUGUACUCUACCAUGACCAACAUCCGUGAUGUGAAGUUGGCAACCACAGCGGUGAAGAAGCUCUUCCCACCAAUCCGAGAUCUCUGCCAGCUGCUCAAAAAGCAUCAUGUGAACCAUGAAGGUCUGACUGAGCUGGAUCAGGCACCAAACAAGUGGGAUGAAGUGAUCCGAAUGGCGUUCGAUGUCAAGGAACAGAUUUUACCUCUGCAGAGUGAAGAAGUUCUCAAGAUUCGCAACAAGAUUGACAUCUUUGCAGAAGAGCUGCAGAACUUCUGCCAUGAAUUCCGUGAGAAGUGUCCAUUUGAUCCUUCAAAUGCAGUAGCUGGUGAAUAUGACCUCAGCUACGACACCAUGAACGACUACUACAACAAGACCCUGGCCAUCCGGCAAAGGGCCAAUGAGUUCAAUGAUUUGGAGUUGCUCUUUGACAUGCAAAUGUCCAGCUACAGGGAGCUCAAAGAGUGUCAGGAAGAGUUGAUCCUGCUGAAGAACUUAUGGGAUGGAGUGACUCUUGUAAAAGAGACCUUCGAGAGCUGGAACGGAAUUCUAUGGGACAAAAUUGACACUGAUUCUUUGGUGCAGCAAGCGCGCGACCUUCAGACUCAAGUGAAGAAUAUGCCGAAGCAGAUCAAAGCUUGGGCCCUCUACAGAUGGCUCACAGAUGAGGUCAAGAACAUGGCCACAGUGCUUCCAUUGGUGAACGACUUGCAUGGAGAGACCAUGCGAGAUAGGCAUUGGAAUAGCAUCAUGGUGAUUACCCAGAAGUCCUUUGAGAAGGGACCAGAGUUCUGUUUCAAGGACUUGCUGGAUCUCAAGCUCCAUGAGUUUGCGGAGGACGUUUCUGAGGUGGUUGACCAAAGUGUUAAGGAGGCAAAGAUUGAGAAGAAGCUCUCCGCCAUCCGUGCCACUUGGUCCAAGAUGCCAGUGUCCUUCGAUUGCUCCAAUCCAGACUGUCCACUUCUGGGUGAGCUUGGUGAGGUCAUUGAAAAGUUGGACAGCGAUUCAUUGGAGAUGAUGGGCAUGACUUCCCAAGGCCGCUUUAUUGAAUUCUGCAAGCCAGUCGUCGAUGAAUGGAGUGGAAAGCUGCGUGCGAUCGAUGGUGCGCUGGGUGUUUGGACGAAAGUCCAAGCCAACUGGUGCCGCUUGGAGCCCAUUUUCAUGCAGAGUGCUGAUAUUCGUUCCCAGCUCCCUGAGGAUUCAAAGCGCUUUGAGCAAAUGGAUGCUGCCUGGAAGGAGCUUAUGAUGGAUGCAUCCAACAGCUCGUUGAUUGUGGAAAUUUGCUGUGCAGAGGGACGCGAGGCCGCUUUGCAGGCAAUUUCGGAAGGCAUUGACACGUGUGAGAAGGCUCUGAAUGAGUACCUAGAGCAGAAGAAGAAGGCAUUCCCUCGCUUUUACUUCGUCGCCAACCAGGCUUUGUUGGACAUUCUGUCCAAUGGUGCUAAGCCUUUGAAGGUGGCAGAAUAUUUGGGCGACAUCUUUGAUGGAGUGAAAACCUUAGACUUCUCCAAAGCGCCAGACACAGGUCGCAUUGCAUGUGGUCACAUUUCCAAGGACACCGAGAGCGUUGCAUGGGCAGAAGAUAUGCAUAUCGAUGGUGCUGUGGAGGCCUACCUUUUGCAGUUGGAAGGUCAUCUUCGUUUGCAGCUACGCAUUGAGCUUGAGCAAGCCAGGGCAACAGCAGACAACUGGGAAGUACCAGAAGGCAACCCUCGGGAGUUCUGGCUGGAAGCAUAUUGUUCACAGUUGGCUCUGGUGGGCACACAAAUCAUGUGGACGGAGGAGACAAACCGUGUGUUCGAGGAGAUCGAAAGUGGAAGUGAGACCGCCAUGAAGGACUACAAGAGAGUGAACGAUGAGCGCAUUGAAAAGCUGAUCAAACGCGUCCAGACCAAGCUGAGCAAGGAUGUGCGCAACAAGAUCAUCACCCUGAUCACCAUUGAUGUGCACGGCCGUGACAUUGUGGAACAGAUGGCCAUUGCAAAGAUCUCGGACAGCACCAACUUCAAGUGGUUGUCGCAGUUGCGCUUUCACUGGAACUACUGCCCUCAAGGUAUGAACCUUGUGAGCCACACCCCAGACGAUCUCAAAACCUGUGUCAUUCGAAUUUGUGAUUGGACGACCAUCUACUGCUAUGAGUAUGUUGGCAAUUGUGGGCGCUUGGUGAUCACACCACUCACAGAUCGCUGCUACAUCACACUGACCCAAGCGCUUGGGCUCACACUAGGUGGUGCCCCAGCAGGACCAGCAGGUACUGGCAAGACAGAGACGACAAAGGAUUUGUCUCGUGCCCUAGGUCUUCAGAUUGUUGUGUUCAAUUGCAGUGACCAGAUGACCUACCAGACAAUGGCACAAAUCUUCAUGGGUAUUGCCCAGACAGGAUGCUGGGGAUGCUUUGAUGAGUUCAACCGCAUCUCAAUUGAGGUGCUGUCGGUGGUCUCUACGCAGUACAAGUGCAUUCUUGAUGCAAUCCGGGCCCAACUGCAGGUGUUCCUGUUUGCAGAGGAGGAGACCAAGCUUAUUUCAACCUGUGGAGCUUUCAUCACAAUGAACCCGGGUUAUGCUGGACGUACAGAGCUUCCAGAGAACUUGAAAGCACUGUUCCGUUCAGUUGCCAUGAUUGUGCCUGACCUGCGCUUCAUUUGUGAGAACAUGCUCAUGUCUGAAGGUUUCAUCAAGGCCCGCCCUCUGGCCAACAAGUUCGUGCAGCUGUACUCCUUGUGCAAGGAGCUACUAAGCAAGCAGAUGCACUACGACUGGGGUCUGAGGGCUGUGAAAUCGCUGCUGCGACAAGCUGGUACGCUGAAACGUUUGGAGCCAGAAAGUGAUGAGAAUCCGGUCUUGUGUCGAGCCCUGCGUGACUUCAACACGCCGAAGAUCACAACUCUGGACAUGCCUAUUUUCAUCCGCCUGAUCAAGGAUCUCUUCCCAGGUGUAUGGCCUGAUCCCUUUGAGGAUCCUGAGUUUGAAAAGUUCUGCAAAAACAUUGCGAAGCAGCGUGGACUGCAGGCUGAUUCUCAGUUCAUCAUCAAGACGGUGAGCAUGCUUGGUAUUCUUGGAGUGCGCCAUUGCAUGUUCAUUAUUGGUCCAUCUGGUUGUGGCAAGACUGAAGUGUGGAAGACCUUGAUGGAGGCCUUGCGUGCUCGCGGAGAAGAUGGACAAUGGGAACAGGCAAACCCAAAGGCUGUCACCAGUGAUGAGCUCUAUGGAACAAUGUCAAAAACCAAGGAGUGGAAGGAUGGGCUGAUUGCUGUGAUCUUCCGAAACAUGAGCAAGGAGAUCAAUGGCUACAAGGCCUCCCAUCAGCACAAGUGGGUGAUCUUGGAUGGAGAUAUUGAUGCCACCUGGAUUGAGUCCAUGAACACCGUCAUGGAUGACAACAAAGUCUUGACAUUGGUCUCCAAUGAGCGAAUCCCAUUCUCUCCCACCAUGCGCAUGAUUCUAGAGAUUCAGGACAUGAAGCAUGCCAGUCCAGCAACUGUCUCACGAGGCGGUGUGCUCUUCAUCAAUGAGACGGAUAUUGGUUGGAAACCCUAUGUGGAGAGUUGGAGGGAGAAAAUGGACGCUAUCCCACAGGGUGCCUUCUACUUGCACUUCUCAAAUUACUUUGAGUCGAACAUCGAGACAAUUCGCAAAUCAUUCAACUUCUCCUGCCCCAUGCUGGAUAUGGGUUUCAUCAACAGUCUCACAUGCUUCAUUGAUGCCUUGCUGAACAACAACACGAAGGAAAACAUGGAGGCUUUGAGGACCAUGAGCCCUGAAGACCAAAAGAUGAGCUUUGAUGCACUGUUCUGCUUUGCGAUGAUGUGGACCAUAGGCGGCUCAAUCGCAGAUGACAAGACAGUGAAUUACCGCAAGUCCUUCAAUGCCUUCAUGAAGGGCAUCUCAAAGGCAGUGAAAUUCCCAGACCAGGGAGAGUGUUACGAUUUCAUCUACGAGCCAAAAGCCAAGGAUUGGGUGAGCUGGGAAACCUAUAUCAAGGCAUACCAUCCGAUUUCCGAACAGAUGUACCAGAACAUUGUCAUCAGCAACAUGGAGUUGGAGAGAAUGAAGUACGUGCUGGAGCUGCACGUUGCGCGCAAGAAGCCUGUUCUUUAUGUUGGUGUGGCUGGAACAGGCAAGACCACCAUUGUCAAGGACUUCCUUGCUGAAAUGAAGGCAAGCAACGAAGACAUGGUCAGCAUGUCCAUCAACAACAACAACUACACUAGCAGCUUUGCCCUUCAGAACAUCAUCAUGAGCGCGUUGGACAAGCGUUCUGGCAGAACCUUCGGGCCUCCAGCCAACAAGAAGUGCGUCUUUUUCAUUGAUGACCUGAACAUGCCGUAUGUAGACACUUACGACACUCAAUCAGCAAUCAUGUUGCUGACGCAGAUGUUGGCGUAUGCCCAGGUUUACGAUCGCCAGUGCUUGGAGGACAAGCGAGACCUUGUUGACAUCCUGUUCACUGCAUGCAUGAAUCCCAAAGCAGGUUCCUUCAUGGUCAAUCCGCGCCUUCAGCGGAGAUUCACAGUCAUCACAACCUUCACUCCAACUGCCAGCAUGAUUUCAGGUAUUUACAGUUCAAUCCUUGAGAAGCACUUGGCUGGCUUCGUUCCACCCAUUCAGAAGUUGCUGGAUCCCAUUGUGCAAGCCACCAUUGAUACGCUGGUGCAAGGAAUUCUGAACACACCUUGCUUCUUGCCCUCAGCAUCUAAGUUCCACUAUCAGUUCAACCUGAAAGAUGUUGGCAACAUUUUCCAGGGUAUGCUGAAUACGAAUCCAAAUGUCUUCAAAGAUGGUGCUGCAAAGUUUGCUCGUGUUUGGCUGCACGAGUGCUAUCGCGUUUUCUCAGACCGACUGGUGAGUGCUGCGGACCAAGGAGAGCUGCAGGGUAUCCUGGAGAAGGUGGCAGGCAAGCACUUUGGAAGCAUUCCCAAGGAAGAUCUUUUCAGUCUGCCCUUGAUCAUGACUAGCUUUGUGUCGCAAGCUCAAGGGAAUGAGCGCUUCUACUUGCCUGCCAAAGACAUGCCAACACUCAAGAAAGUGGUAGACGACAAAUUGCAUGAAUACAACGAGACCUUUGCAGCCAUGAACUUGGUUCUUUUCGAUGAUGCCAUUGGGCACGUGUGUCGUAUCUGCCGCAUCACCGACAACCCAUGUGGUCAUGCGCUGCUUGUUGGGGUGGGAGGCUCUGGAAAGCAGUCCUUGGCCAGAUUGGCGACCUUCAUCAAUUCGCAGGACCUGCUGAGCAUUUUGGUGAAUCAGUCCUAUGGUAUGGAGGCUCUGAAGUUGGACCUGCAAGAGUUCUACAAGAAAGCGGUGGUAAAGCCAGGAACUCCCCAGGCAUUCUUGAUGACAGAUGGACAGAUCGCAGAUGAAAGAUUCUUGGUCUUUAUCAACGACAUGCUUUCCAGCGGCGUUAUCCCAGACCUGUUCACGCGAGAGGAAUACGACGGGCUCUUUGGAAGUGUGCGCAAUGCUGCAAAAGCUGCAAACUAUUCUGAUGAUCGUGAUGGUCUCUUCGCCUUCUUCAUUGACAAAUUCAGGAAGAACUUGCACUAUAUCCUUUGCCACUCUCCAGUUGGAGACGACUUCCGCAUUCGUGGCCGCAAGUUCCCUGCUCUUAUCAGUUGCAUGGUGGUGGAUGAGUUCAUGGCAUGGCCACGUGAUGCUCUGGAUGGUGUGGCUCGUCGCUUCUUGGUGGAACUGGUGAACAAUGGCAACCUGCAGGAUGAAGACAUUCUGGGGCUGGUAGCUGCCAAUAUGGCAGAGGUGCAUCUUUCCAUUGAAACCGCCAACAAAAGGUAUUUGGAGGUGGAACGGAGGCACAACUAUUGCACUCCCAAGUCGUUCUUGGAGUUGAUCAGCUUCUACAUCAAGAUGCUCUCAGAGAAGCAGAACUCUGUGAGUGCAAACUGUGAGCGACUAGAACGGGGUUUGGCCAUCAUGGAGCAGGUGCAGUCAAAGGUAGAAGGCCUCAAAGAAGAUUUGAAGAUCACCAUGGUUCAGGUCGAUGAGAAGAAAGCUGCAACGGCUGUUUUGAUCGAGCAGGUGACCAAAGCAUCUGCCAUUGCAGCAGAAGAAAAGGCAGCAGCUGACGUUGAGGCUGAAAAGACCUCCAAACUUGCUGCAGAUGCAGCUGAGCUUCAAUCGCAGGCGGAUGGUGAGUUGUCAGAGGCCAUGCCUGCCAUGAAAGCAGCUGCAGAAGCUGUGGAUUGCUUAGACAAGAAUAGUAUUGGCGAGCUGAAGGGCUUUGGCAAACCACCACCUGAGUGUAUUGAUGUUUGCGCAUGUGCAGGCUUCCUUCUCAGGAACGAGAAAAAGAAACUUGACUGGAAAGGUGCGCAGAAAAUGAUGAACAACCCAAUGGCCUUCAUUGAUGAAGUCAAAGCCUUCAAUGCCAACGAGAUUCCUGACAACACUCUGAAGGAGUGUGAUGCCCUUAUCGCGCUCCCCUUCUUCAACUAUGAAACCAUGAAGGGAAAGAGUUUGGCUGCAGCCAACUUGGCAAACUGGGCCAUCAACUGUGUCAAAUACCACAAGAUUUAUGUCAAGGUUGCGCCCCUGAUGGCAAAAGUGGAGGAAGCAACACGAACCAAGAACGAGGCUGAAGCCAGCUUGGAGAUCGUGAUGAAGAAGGUCGCAGACAUUGAGGCCGAAUGCCAGAGAUUGGAGGACAAGUUGAAUGGGGCUGUUGCUGAGAAAGAACGUGUAGAAGCACAAGCUGCUGCUUGCUUAGAGAAGCUUGGCUUGGCUGAGAGGCUUGUGAAUGGCCUCGCCGAUGAGUACAAGCGCUGGACUGCCACAGUCAAAGAUCUGAAGGACUUGACGCUGAAACUCAUUGGCAAUUGUCUUCUUGCUUCAGCAUUCGUUGGGUACAUCUCCCCGUUCUCUAUGUCCUUCCGGGUACAGUUGUGGAAGGAGGGAUGGACAGGAGACAUUACUGGCAGAGGCAUCCCAAUCAGCUCAGGCAUUGAUCCACUGAAGGUUCUGUGCACGGAUGCAGAUGUGGCUGGCUGGCAGAAUGAAGGCUUGCCUUCUGACCGAAUCUCAGUGGAGAACGCGUCAGUUGUAACAAGCUGCUCCCGGUGGCCAUUGAUGAUCGAUCCUCAGUUGCAAGGUGUGAAGUGGAUCAAGCAGAGGUUGGGUGAGGACCUGACAGUGCUGCAGUUCACCAUGAAUCAGUGGCUUCAGAAGGUGUUGUUUGCUAUCCAAAUGGGUGGCCAACUGCUGAUUGAGGCAGUGGGACAAGAGAUUGAUGCUAUCCUUGAGCCUGUCCUGUCACGAGCGGUGAUUAAACGAGGGCGCAAUGCCAUGAUCAUCAAAAUAGGUGGUGAGGAGGUGGACUACGAUCCCAAGUUCCAGCUAUACUUGCAGUCCAAACUGCCAAAUCCGCACUACAGGCCGGAGAUCGCUGCGCAGUGUACGAUCAUCAACUUCAUUGUCACGCCAGAUGGUUUGGAGGAUCAGAUUCUGGCAAUGGUCGUCAAUGUUGAGAAGCCAGAGUUGGAACAAGAGAAGCAAGAGCUGGUCCGCAGGCAGAAUGACUUCAAGGUGACGUUGUCGCAGCUGGAAGAUGACCUAUUGUCCCAGUUGUCAACUGCAGAUCCAGCAACAAUUCUUGACAACAUUCCCCUUAUUGAGGGCUUGGAAAAGACCAAAGCUACCUCCAAAGAGAUUGCUGAACAGGUAGAACUAGCCCAGAAGACAGAAGUUGAGAUCAACACAUCUCGAGAGCUGUAUCGGCCUGUAGCUGCGGAGGGAUCGAUGCUUUUCUUCUUGAUCAUCCAGCUUUGCUUCAUUGAGCACAUGUACCAGUACUCCCUUGACUCCUUCGUCAACUUCUUGUACAAGGCCAUCGAUCGAACUGAAGCCACGGAUGAUAUCCAAGAGCGAACGAAGAGACUGAUUUCAGUGAUUCGCAUGACCAUCUUCCGCUGGGUGAACAGAGGCCUGUUUGAACGUCACAAGUUGAUCUUUUGCUCAAUGUUGACCUUCAAGCUGUUCCAGAAAGGCUUCUUGCAGGAGGAUUUCUCACCUGCAUAUUUCAACUACCUGUUGCGAGCCCCGAUGUCUGUGGGUAUGGAGAACCCACUGCAGGAAUGGCUGCCUACAAAGAACUGGGGCCUGGUUCUGAAGUUGAAUGACCUUGAAGGCUUCGAGAACUUUGCACAGAACAUGGAGAAGGAUGCACCGAAUCGCUUCAAGGAGUGGUUCAACGAGAUAGCACCAGAAGAGGUGAAGUUGCCACUGGAUUGGAAGAGGCUUGACUCAGUUCCUUUCCAGAAGCUGCUGGUCCUUCGAGCUUUGAGACCGGAUCGGUGCUGUGCAGCCAUGGCUGAAUGGAUCCGAGGUGCCUUGCCGAAUGGCAAAGACUAUAUGGACUGCGAUGGAUCAUCUUCCUUCGCGCUUAUCCUCAGCAAUUCCUUCGAAGACUCCACCAGCACCACACCCAUUUUCUUCAUCCUGUCGCCUGGAGCUGACCCAGUGAAGGAAGUGGAGUCAAUGGGAAAGAAAAGACCGGAAGGUUUGUCUUUGGGAUCGAAUUACUGGAACGUGGCCAUGGGUCAAGGACAAGAUGUUGUUGCCAUGGCCAAGCUGGACAUUGGACAUCGAGAGGGGCAUUGGGUCAUGCUUCAGAACAUCCAUUUGAUGCCAAAAUGGUGUGUAGAGCUGGAGAAGAAACUGGAUGUCUUUGCGGUGGAGAACAGCCAUCCAAACUUCAGGCUCUUCCUGUCUGCAGAUCCCAGCAAGGGCAUUCCAAUUGGCAUUCUGGAGCGUUCUAUCAAACUGACCAACGAGCCACCGCAAGGCAUGCUUGCAAACCUCCGACGAUCCUUCGCACUCUUCCCCAAAGAGGACUUCGAGGACAAAGAUGCCAAGGUGAAGUCUAUCUUGUUUGCCCUGUGCCACUUCCACUCCCUUAUGUUGGAGCGAAAGAAGUUUGGACCCAUGGGCUACAACAUGAUGUAUCCAUUCUCAGCCGGUGAUUUGCGGGACUCGGCCCAAGUCCUGUACAACUACCUGGAGGGAUCUUCAGCUGUGAAGAUUCCAUGGGAUGACUUGCGAUACAUCUUUGGCGAGAUCAUGUAUGGUGGGCACAUUGUGGAUGACUGGGACCGCCGCAUGUCGCAGAAGUAUUUGUUGUAUUUCAUGCGAGAUGAGCUGCUUGACGAGAUCGACAUGAUCCCAUAUGCAGAAGGAAAGCUGUCCUGGCCAUCACCUCAGCCGGCUGCGCAUGAACGCUAUCUUGAGCACAUCGAGACGAUGCCGCCAGAAUCACCGUUGUUCUUCGGCAUGCACCCCAACGCAGAGAUCAACUUCCGAACUGCUGAGUGCGACAAGGUGUUUGAGCUUUUGACCAUGCUCGCAGGUGGUUCAGGCGGUGGGGAUGGUGAUGAUGACGCGUCCAUGAGCCCGAUGGCCAUUGCGCAGAUGACGUGCGACGAGAUCUUGGAGGAGGUGAACGAGAAGAAAUUCCCCACGGAUGACGUGAGCCGUGGCAUGAACGAGGACGACAAGGGACCCUACCAGUUCGUCUUCCUGCAAGAGUGUGAGUACAUGAAUGCUUUGCUGUACGAGAUGGUCAAGGGCCUGCAGGAGCUGCAGCUGGGUUUCAAGGGUGAGCUGACCAUGAGCGAAAACAUGGAAGACAUGGCCAAGUGUCUGUAUUCCGAAAAGCUCCCGACCUGGUGGGUGAAAUUGGGUUUCGCCUCCACGCGGCCGCUGAAGUCUUGGCGCGAGCGCUAUCAGCAGCUGGAUGACUGGAUCAAUGACCCACUCAACAUCCCCAAGGCACAUGCAACCCCUGUUCCAGGGGUUGGUGGUAAGGUCGUGGACAUCUCCAAGCUCUUCAAUCCACAGAGUUAUUUGACGGCCAUCAAGCAGAUCUGCUGUCAGAAUCAGGGUUUGGAACUGGACAAGUUGCAGGUCUUCACUGAAGUCACCAAGAAGGAACCCAAGCAGAUCGAGGGCCCGUGCAAGGAUGGCGCUUAUGUGUCCGGGAUGUUCCUGGAAGGAGCUCGCUGGGAUAUGACUUCAAAUUCAUUGGAAGAUUCCAAACCCAAGGAGAUGUUUACAGCUAUGCCGGUCAUCACAUGCAAAGCAGGCAUGGCCACCGACAAGGCGGACAAGAACAUCUACAUCUGCCCCACUUACUGCGUCCCCACGCGUCGUCCUUACUUCGUCUUCGCAGCGCAGCUGCGCACCAAGGCGCCGGCCGACAAGUGGGUGCUGGCAGGAGUGGGCAUGAUUCUGGACAUUGGACUUUAA